AACCAAAAAAAAAAAAAAAAAAAAAAUUGCAUCUGCUUCUUAUCAAACCCAGCGAGUUCUUCUCCAUCGUCAGAAAAAAAAAAAUUUCCCGGAAAAUUUCAGUGGUGAAAAACCAGAAAACGAGAAAAAAGGAGUCUGUUUAACGGAGAAAGAUGCCGUCGUUAGAGGAUGAGCUGUUUCCGUCAACGCCGGGGAAAUUCAAGAUUGACCGGUCAAACCGUCAGCUCCACCGAUGCUUCGCCUCCACGAGCACGAUGUUCCUCUGGGCUCUCUUCCUCAUCGCCCUAACGGCGUCGUAUUUGAGUUUCCAGAGCUUCGUCGACUCCGGUAGCAAAUAUCUCUCCGCCUCUUGGGGCGGUAUCCAGUGGGAAAAGCAGGUCCGUACAUCCGCCGAGAUCCACCGCUCCGGCGGAAUUUCCGUCCUCGUCACCGGCGCCGCUGGUUUCGUCGGUAGCCACGUGUCUCUCGCCCUGAAGAAACGCGGCGAUGGCGCCGUGGGUCUCGACAAUUUCAACAAUUACUACGACCCAUCGUUGAAACGAGCGCGAAGAUCUCUCCUCUCCAGCCGAGGGAUCUUCGUCGUGGAAGGAGAUCUGAACGAUUCUAAGCUCCUAGCCAAGCUUUUCGAUGUCGUCGCCUUCACCCACGUGAUGCAUCUCGCGGCUCAGGCCGGUGUACGGUACGCGAUGGAGAAUCCGCAGUCGUACGUUCACAGCAACAUCGCCGGGCUCGUGAAUCUGCUCGAGAUCUGCAAAUCGGCGAAUCCGCAACCGUCGAUCGUCUGGGCUUCGUCGAGCUCCGUGUACGGACUCAACGACAAGUCCCCGUUCUCGGAGUCCGAUCGUACGGAUCAGCCGGCGAGUCUCUACGCCGCGACGAAGAAAGCCGGCGAGGAAAUCACCCACACUUACAACCAUAUUUACGGUCUUGCCAUCACCGGUUUACGGUUCUUCACGGUUUACGGACCUUGGGGUAGACCGGACAUGGCGUACUUUUCCUUCAGCCGGAAUAUUCUCCAAGGUAAACCGAUUACGAUAUACCGGGGUAAGAACCGGGUCGAUUUAGCACGAGAUUUCACCUUCAUCGACGAUAUUGUAAAAGGGUGUUUGGGUUCGCUGGAUACCUCGGGUAAGAGUACCGGUUCGGGUGGGAAGAAACGCGGGUCGGCUCCGUACCGGAUUUUUAAUUUGGGGAACACGUCUCCGGUUACGGUUCCGAUACUGGUAGAUAUUUUGGAGAAGCAUCUCAAGGUGAAGGCGAAGAGGAACUACGUGGAAAUGCCCGGAAACGGAGACGUCCCGUUCACUCACGCGAACAUUAGCUCGGCCCGGUUAGCUUUCGGGUAUAAACCGACUACCGAUUUGCAAACCGGUUUGAAGAAAUUCGUUAGAUGGUACCUUUCUUAUUAUGGAUACAACAACAACAGUAAGGGCAAAAGUGUACAUUAACUUUGAAAUUUAACGGAAUUUUAUUUUUCCUUUUUGUUCUUUUUUUUUCCGGGUUGCUUUGUUCUUCGCAACUCGAUUUAUUUUCUUAGAAAAAAAAAAAGAAAAGAAAAGCGACACAUAAAAUACUUUUCUCCAAGAAGAGGCCAAACCCGAAAGAGAGCCUCAUCAUCAUUAUCUUUUA